CGUUCGCCUUCAACAAUGGACGAACAGAGCAUCAGGUCGUCGCAACGUGUAUCUCGGUCAUGCGUCGAGUGCAGCCGAAGGAAGAUCAAGUGCGACAAGAAGAUCCCGUGUAAGCCAUGUGUGCGCCGGAAUCUCGCCCACGAAUGCCAGCGGCCCAUCACCCGCGUCCGAGGCAUGCUUACAGUGUACGUCCAGGCUUCAGCACAGCGUUGUGGAACUGGCGAGCACCNNGUUGAUCGCAUGUCGGCAGACAGCGAAGACAAUACUGUUGACGAACUACUCAAGGAACGCUGUGCCCUGCAGGCCCAAAUCGCAGAACUAGAAACAGCUUUGGCCCUCUCCAAACCAUGCGGACACACUCAUGGCAGCAAACCCGAGUCGCAUCGCCAGGGCCAAGUGUCGAUACCCGCUUUCGAAGACCUUGUACCGGCCCUUGAGCAGUUCGAUCUGCAAGUUUCGCACGACUCGGAUCCUGUUGCCAUGUCGGAAAAAGACAUGGCUGAUCGUCUAUACGAACCCUCUACCGAUCCCGUCUUCCUCCUGCUACCCUCUAGAGAAAUCAGCGAGCAGCUCGUGACCUUCUCCCUUCGCACCUUGGGCUGGUUGCAUGGUGCUGUCAACGCGCCCGAGUUUGUCACGGAACACGAAGAGUUUUGGAACGGAAUACACAGCGGUGUCGCUCUGGAUGUAAAAGACCGACCAUGGCUCGCACUAUACUUUGCUGUUCUGGCGACUGGUCUACUCUAUCUCGAUCCCGAGGAAGUGCCUGCUAUUUCAGAUUUGCCACAGCUAAAUCUCCAUCAAUAUCAGCAACAUGAUGAGAUGGGAUACGCUGUUCAUACGUCGCGUCUUUGGUAUGAGGUAGCGCUCAAAGAGGUGGAACGUCAUGGAUGCUCUGGAACACCUUCUUUGAGGAUCGUACAAGCCUUGUCGGUGCUGACUCUUUGUCACGCAAAUUUUGGCGAUUCUCAAAGGGAAUGGUUGUUUACUGGAUGGGCGUCCAGCAUUGCGCGUUGUCUUGACAUGCACCGUUUGGGCAGCGAAGUAGCACACGCGCGAAACUUGAGCGCCAGACCCGAGUGGUCGUCUUUUGAAAAGCGUGAACUCGGUCGUCGCGUGUGGUGGACGUAUGUCAUUCGAGACUGUUGGUCGCGCCAAUCGUCAAUCACACCAGCCAGUUUCUGCUGCAAGUUCUCGACCGAGAAUGAGGCUAACCACGACGCGAUUCUGGAAACUCCGACGCACACGUCUAGUCCGUCGCCACUGGUUUAUCAAUCGGUCAUGUGUCGAUUGUCGUACAUCUUUUACAUUUACAUCAAGGUCAACACUCACCAAAAUGCUUCCAAGUUCAUCAAAGCACUGGAGGAGAUUGAGAUUGUCAAGCGAAAUUUGCCUCUCCACUUGUCGACCAAGUUUCCUGCGAAUAUCGAUGAUGAGGAAUGGGAAGCUACUCAUUCUUGGAUCACCUUCCAACGUUAUCUCAUAAACCAUGCCAUCGAUUUCAUGAUCCUCAGUAUUGCACGCACUCUCGCGAUGGGCAAUAUCGGCAGCGAAUCGAAUCGCUACCGUGACGUAGCCAUGACAUCGGCCACGAGUAUUAUACACAGCUACUUGGCACCGGUUGCGCGAGUAUACAAACUUGUGUGGACAAUUUCAGCCUCAACUGUGGCCGCUGCGGUCUAUACAUCUCUAGACAUUCUCAUGAACCCUCAAGAUUACACGCCUCAGAAACGACAGGAACACAUUGCUGUGCUGAAGCAAGUUGUUCAAGAACUCGGCAAGUAUUCUCACGUCGCCAUCCACGCCGCCAAAGGAUCAACCUCGAUACAAAAGCUCAUAUCCCGUCUGGAGCAAAACUUUUCCAUGUCACAUCUUUCUGUGCACGAUAUUCUUCGCCAUCUCACGACUCAAGAAAUGCCUUCAACCUCGGCCAGAGGUGUCACGGAAGGUUAUGUCUUACCAGCUCAGAACAUGCCAGUUCCUGUCGAUGGUUGGAAUGAGAUGAUGGUUGGACAUGACAUGACCAUCCCGCACAUGGAUCAAGGGCACAUUGAUGGCUUGCUGGGUCCGUCAGAUACUUGGGACAGCUUUAUGGAGUUCCCAGCAUUCCGGCCUCCUGCUCAACACCAACAUCAACAUCAACACCAACAGCAACACUAUGAAGGUUGA